CGCCACAGGGAACGGCUAAUUCCAUCCUUGAACAACGUUCAUAGGAAGCCGCAUCCAUUUGAGCGUUUGCACCGAACUGCUCGAGGUGCCAAAAACACAUUCCGGGAAGUGAUUUCGUGGGUUUGUCCCUCUUUGCGCGCGCGUGCACCGUCAUCUCCUGUUCUCUUCAGUUUCAAUCAAGUAGUCCAGAAACAUCGCUGGAAACGCAUCCGAGGCUCGAAACCCUACGGCAGUGGAAUCCGGGGCACCGCAAGUCCAUCGGGCCGUCGCUCCAGCGCCGCUUCUCUCAAUGGAAGCUGGAAAUAUGAGCUCGGCGCCGGGCCAGGGCCAGGGCAUGGGGGGCCGGCCAACAGCUCCGAAUCCCCAGGGCGCAGCGCCUCCCAACCGACCCCAGGGCGCGCCCCUCUACCGCCCAGAAAUGAUGCGCAAUAUCGCGCUCCUCAGCGAUGAUGAGAAGACCAAGUACGAACAUGGUCUUAGCCGCCUCUGGAAGAUGCACGAUACUGCAGCCCCAGGCUCCAAGGAACAGGUCGAAGCUAAGAGAAAGAUUGGCGAGUUCGGAAAGAUGUUGCAUGCCAAGGUACAACAGCGCCGUCAACAGCACCAGGCCCAGCAGCAACAGAACCAGCCGCAAGCUCAGCAGCAGCAACAGCAGCAGCCCCAGCAACAGCCGCAGCAACAGCAACAGCAGCGGCUGUCUCAAUCUGGCCAGGGAGGUCAAGCGGCAGCUCAGACCCAACCAGCUCCGGGUGCUUCCGGCAACACUCAAGCUCCGACGGCGGCGUCCCAGUCAUCGCCGAAUCCGGCUGCCCCGGCACAGCAGCCCAGAUCGCUCCCGCCGCAGAUUCUCAACCAUGUCAACGAGAUGGUGCUCCAUCCCCCGGCCAACAUACAGGAAAAGGACAGGGCGAAGUGGACUGAGGAGAUGAAGAAGCAGUACGCCUUGGCCAUCUACACGGUGGAGAGCGCUCGUAAUCAUCUGAAGGCGAUGGAGCAGACCUUGCAAGAGAACACGUCGCUUGCGCCUGAGGAAAGGAAGAAGAUUGAGGAGAGGAAGGCGAAGGUCCAGCAACAAGUCCAGGAAGCUGCAUCGUUUGUCAGCCAUGUUCGGAAGUCGUAUACUAACCCGAACCAAAAGAAUUCGCAAAAUGGCACGGCAGCGCCGAACCCGGGAAACCAAGGGCGACCGCAAGGCGUGGCACAGCCAGGUCAAGGAAUGGGUAACGGACCGGCGACUGCCGCCACGGUUGCUGCUGCAAGUCCCAUGCAAAGCUCCGCUGCUGCCGUUAAUGCGGCGAUUGAGGCUGCCAAGAAACAGCAACUGGCCGCCGGUCGGAUGCCGGGAGCGAACCCGCUGCCUGCCCAGCAAGGCGGCCCUUCACUUGCACACCAGCCGCAGGCGCAAACGCCCGUCACCACCACAACACAGGCACAACCUUCUCCAGCCACCCAAGCGGCCCCGCCACAAGUUGCUCUGCCCCAGCAACAGGCUCAGCAAUCUCAACAAAGCCAGCAGAUUCAGCAACAGCCCGCACAAUUCAAGCUCGAGCCUGGUGUGCAGCCGCUUCCCGCACCUCUCAAUACCGCCUUCGCAGCCGGCGGGGCCCAAUUAGUUGGAACUCCCACCCAGAAUUCGGCGCGUAUGCAAACUCCUCAAUCUGCGACCCCCACAACUGCCAAUACGAAUAUUCGCCCGCUUUCUCACGCUGCUGCCAUGAAUCUGGCUUCUCAGCAGCGUGCCGGCGCAAUUCCAGGAGCCCCAAUCGCUGGAUCCGGAAACACUCCGGCAUCGAAUCUCGGCACCGUCGGUGGAGCGCAGCAGCCAGGCCACCCUCACGCGCAUCCGUCGCAACCUAACGCGCAGACCAACCUGCAGUCCAAGUUGCCCAUUCCCAAAGUUCUUCACGAAAAGGCGACCCAAAUGCCUCAGCCCGUUCCCAAUAUUGGUGGUAUCGGCAGCGGCCGUCCGACCUACAGCGGUGGCGGUGGCAUCGGCGGAGGCGUCAUGAACCAGCCCGCUCUUCCCAAGACCCCUGCGUACCAGCUUGAGGGCGAGGGCGAGCGGGUCCUGAACAAGAAAAAGCUGGACGAGUUGGUUCGCCAAGUCUGCGGCGGAACUGCCGAGGGCCAAGAGGGCAAUAUGUUGACGCCCGAUGUGGAGGAGUCUGUCCUCAACAUGGCCGAUUCCUUCGUCGACAACGUCCUCCAUCAGGCCUGCCGCAACGCAAAGGAGCGUGGAUCAAAGGUUCUCGAGAUUCGCGACAUCCAACUCGUUCUGGAGCGCACCUACAACAUCCGAAUCCCUGGCUACUCCAGCGACGAGCUGCGCACGGUCCGCAAGGUGCAGCCCAACAGCUCCUGGAUUAAGAAGAUGAGCGCUGUUCAGGCUGCCAAGGUCGUCCCCGGAAAGGGAGAUAACUAAACUUAGCGGGGCGUUGGUAUUCCGGUGUUCUCUCUUUAGGUACUGAAUUCCACCUAACCUUCAGGUAUGGAUGCUUCUGGGCGGGGCGUUGUUACGAGACAUGGAUCCGGAUGGCGGCUGGCGUAACUGGGAAGGAUUGUACACUGGCAUUUCUCUCGACUGAUUCACACUUGGCCUUUGGGAUGCUUCUGGGCUGGGCUUUGUCACGACACUUCAUGAUCCGGGUGGCAGCUGGCGUAACGGAGGGUCUGCACUGGCAAGAAGGGACGGGAGACGUAGGUAGAUAGAUACCUUAGCCAGCCAAUUGAUGACCUGAAAUGGAUUUCUGACUCCC